AUGUCAGACAGCUUCCACGGCUUCUCGGAGCAUCACGUCCAUGUCACUUCGACGUCCCCGAAAGGUGGGAACCUGUCCAUCCGGGUGAGGAGGAGCGGGAAGGAGGGAGAUGGGAAGAAGGGAUUGCUGUUGCUCCAUGGCUAUCCGCAGACGUCCUAUAUCUGGCGAUUCGUCGCACCAAAGCUGGCCGAGAAGUAUACAGUCAUCUGCACUGACCUGCGAGGCUAUGGUCAGUCAUCCAAGCCUAAAGGCACGGAAGGACAUGAGGAGUACUCGAAGCGAUCUAUGGCGGAUGAUCAGGUCCAAGUCAUGGCGCACUUUGGCUUCACCAAGUUCUCGGUCUUAGCGCAUGAUCGUGGAGCUCGGGUAGCUCACCGGCUAGCUCUGGACCAUCCAGACAAAGUGGAGGGUAUGUGCCUCCUGGAUAUAGCCCCAACGGUGUACAUGUACGAGAAGACCAAUAUGAACUUUGCGGAAGGGUACUGGCACUGGUUCUACCUCAUUCAGCCAUCACCGGGUCCUGAACGCAUGAUUCUCGCCGAUCCCGAGGCGUACUGGGGCACUCUGGCCGGCCGGGCUACUCACAAGCUCGUCCAAUUCUCCGAAGACGCUGUGAAGGAGUACAAGGAGAAUCUGUCGACUAUGGAGGGCAUCCAUGCUACAUGCGAAGACUACCGCGCCUCGGCGACUAUCGACCUAGACCACGAUCGCGCCGACCGCUCAGCCGGCAAGAAGCUGAGCGUGGCUAAGCUCAAGAUCAUAUGGGGCGGGAAGGGGAUGAUCGAUCGGUAUGGAGAUGUUUUGAGCGUAUGGAAGGGAUAUGCCGAGGAUGGGGUGGAAGUGAGCGGGACAAGUCUGGACUGUGGGCAUUAUAUACCGGAAGAGAAGCCGGAAGAGCUCUUGAAGGAGGUACUGGAUUUCUUUUGA